CCCCAGCAUGAGCGCCUUCGACCUCCCAGCGCCCUCCCCGCCCCGCUGCAGCCCCCAGUUCCCCAGCCUCGGCCAGGAGCCCCCCGAGAUGGCCCUCUACUAUGAGGACUUCCUCCACCCCCAGGGCGUGCCCAGCCCUCAGCGGCCCCCCUCCUUCGAGGGCGGCGGCGAGUACGGGGCCGCCCCCAACCCCUACCUCUGGCUCAACGGGCCGGCCGUGACCCCGCCGCCGCCUUACCUGCCGGGUGCCAGCGCCAGCCCCUUCCUGCCCCAGACCUACGGGGUGCAGAGGCAGCUGCUGCCCGGCGUGUCCGGGCUGGGGGGCGGCGACCUGGGCUGGCUGCCCAUCCCCUCGCAGGAGGAGCUGAUGAAGCUGGUGCGGCCCCCCUACUCCUACUCGGCGCUCAUCGCCAUGGCCAUCCACGGGGCACCCGACAGGCGCCUCACCCUCAGCCAGAUCUACCAGUAUGUGGCCGACAACUUCCCCUUCUACAACAAAAGCAAGGCCGGCUGGCAGAACUCCAUCCGCCACAACCUGUCUCUCAACGACUGCUUCAAGAAGGUGCCCCGUGACGAGGACGACCCAGGCAAAGGGAAUUACUGGACCCUGGACCCCAACUGUGAGAAGAUGUUCGACAAUGGAAAUUUCCGCAGGAAGAGGAAGAGAAAAUCGGAAGUUUCCUCCAGCACGGGCUCCUUGGCCUCGGAGAAAACGGAGCCCGGUGUCCUGGCAGGCAGCCCCAAGACCACGGAGGCCCAGGACAUCUUGGAUGGUGCUUCACCGGGUACCACCAGCUCCCCAGAGAAGCAGCCCUCGCCGCCCCCGCCAGGAGCCCCGUGCCUCAACAGCUUCCUCUCCACCAUGUCAGCCUAUGUGAGUGGGUCAAGCCCCAUGGGCCGCCCUGUGGCCACGCCGGGACUGAGCCCGGAGCCCGCUGACAAGGUGGGGCAGAGCUUGCUGAACUUCAACUCCUACACCCCACUCACCAACAUCAGUGGCCACGCGGGCGGGGGUGAGUGGGCCAGCCCCACACCCAGCAAUGCUCUGGGCUACGGAGGCUCCGUCCUCAACCAGUUCAGCCCUCACUUCUGCAACGGCGUCAACACAAACAGCGUCCUCUACCCCAGGGAGGGCACCGAGGUCUAGAAACACAACAGCUCCCGAGCCAGAGGGACACGCUCGGGGUCCUCCAUGUCAGCAUCCAAGUGGUCCAAGACCUCCAAACUGCCCAGACAUACACAGGAGGCUCAGAGGAAUUCAUCGUUUUUCUAGAACAUUGUGUAAACCUUGUGUUUGUCACAUAUCCAUCCACAGACCCACAACCAGCUUUGCAGUAGAAAUACUGGUGCCUGCAUGACAGUAAUCAACGUGGCCAUUUAUCGAGCACUUACUAUGUGCUGGGUGCUGUGCUAAGCUCUUUGAAGGCGUGAUCGUACUUUCUAUUUACAGCCACCUUGUAAGGGUCAUAUAAACCUCCCCAUUUUACAGAUGAGAAGACUGAGCCUUGAGGAAGUUAAGUAACUUUCCCAGGGUCAUACAGACUAGGAAGCGGCAGAGCCAGGAGUCAAGUCCAGGUCUCUAAGACUCCCAAAGUUUGGGCCAAUGAAGGCUGGGACGGAGGAAUUGGUUGCGCAGCCAGGGAAGGUCAGUGUGGAGAGCUGAUGAGGGCAAGCAUAUGCAAAUCUCCCCACUGCCUUCUGGCCAUCCAUCAAAUUUAGCACCAGCCCUAGGCACAUCUCAUCUUGGUCCAAGUCCUCAUUCUGUGGCCCCCAACUUACCUGCCGACACUCCUUUUGCUACUACUCAGGGGAGAAGCCCAG